AGAAAGGAAGAAACUGUCAACAUGCAAGUUGAUGAAGUCUGGGAGAUCGUGCUUGGAAGGAAGGUAGGCCCACUGCAACUGGGAGCCACGCUCUCUGAAGUCAUCACCGUGCUCAAGCAACGAAGCCCAGUCCGCGCCUUUGAGAUUGAAUACAACGAAGACGAGCCGUACGCGUCGGAUAUUGUGAUCAACUCCCCCGACGAUGGCUUCAAGUUGCAAUUCCACUCCGUGACCCAACUCUUGACCGUCAUCGACGUCUAUCAAGUGAACAACCUCGCCCUUCGGUACCAAAGCAACAUCUUGUGCGGCAAGGACGCCACGCCCACGUUUCUGUCGGUGUAUCAGUUGGUGGGCCCAACCUACCCAGGAACGUACGACCCCGCGACGAAACUGUACACGUUGCAUUACGUUGGGGGGAGUUUUCGAUUUCCGAUUCCCAAGGAAUUUGAGAAACUGUACAGGAACAAGGACGUACUCCCGUUGGAGCUCCCGAAUGGAAGCACACCCGCCGCCAUGGGGCUCUCCAUCUACGGCGGCAACGGCGUGCCAUCCACGAACCAAGCCAUCCCCGUCCCGUUGAAGCAGCACUACUACGAACCCGUGGUGGUGGACAUGGCCAAUAUGCACAAGCUCGUGGUGACGUUCCCGACCUCCCGCCGGGAGAUUCGAAUCGGCGAUACUCCACAAGAAGUGAUCAGUGCCCUGGGACCUCCGUCGUCCACGUACUUCAAGCCCAGUCUGGAUGCUUCGUCCUUAUCCACCGGGGGCGAAUAUUUUCAUAAUUUUGCCGAUUUGGGGAUCGACGUCAUGUACUCUGCGUGGCAUGCCGUGUCGAAGAUCAUUUUGCGAACCAACCUGCCGGGCCAUGGCGAAUUCAAUUCGUAUUUCAAGUGCAAUUAUCAACUGCAGCACUUUGGGGCGACAGUAGCAGCAACCACGUCAUCGCAUAUGACUGUGACCCCUGAGACAACGGUAUGACGUUAUAACCCCCUGUUGUGAUUGCAGUGUUACAGUAUCAUCCAUCAUAUCCCAUAUCGGUAGUGGUCAAGCAUGGUGAAAGCACUGGAUGUGUCCAGCGAAGCCCUGCGUCGGCCCAUCGUGUAUGACAACGGAUCGGCAAAAGAUCCCUUCCAUGCAAGUCGGUUCUACGCCCCGUUCGAUGGAUGCCUGGUGGAGGUUCGCAUGAUGUGUGCAUAAGACGAGGAGGAUGCUAUACAGUAGCUGAUAAUGCUUCCUUUUAGGUCCUCCAUAACGACUGUGCUGCGUCGAUUACCCUCAGUUGCCCACAACACUAGCAAUCAAUUGCCUUCAAGAAAGAUCAAUGUGUAUUGCCUUGAUAGGUUGCCAUCCAGGACUUCACUUCAAUUGGCUUUGUGACGAUGGCAUCUCGAUUGCAUCCUUGGUUGAGCCCUGCUAAGACGACAUAAUGUAUAACAACAUGGGCAAAGGGCAGGGGGACUAACUCAACGCGAUUAGACAGCUUUAAGUGUCUAUACGUGAAGCAGCGACUACGAAAACACUGAUAACUAAUCAAUCCAUCAAAAACUGUG